UUUUUUUUUAAAAAAAAAGGUAUUAUUCCCGACGGAGCCUAUUCCCAUCGACCAAAAGUGCAGCUUGGCCCGGCUAUGAAGUGGUCAACGACCGAACUCUCCGCAAUCGCACCUGUCAGCAUCUGCGUCACCAAGAUAGGGUCGGCCUGCGGGGAAGCCGAACCUUCUUGUUUGUUUCGUGCAUGAGCGUCUUCGGAAGCACAGGAAAGCGGAAAUUGGUGACAAUGCAAGAUCCGUCGCAAGUAAGCUGCCGUUCGCAUCUGGGCUGAGCAACGGGAAUUCGGCCAUUGGCUGGUAGCGACCAAAGCCUUGCGCAGCUCCGCGAUCGCAGCGUCAUCCUCGACCGAUAUCGGCCGGGUUAUUGUGAAAGUGGAUGUGAUAUCAACUUGUGUUUUCACCAAGAGAGGAUAAUUUCAACCUCUAUACAAAUUUUUUCACACUGUGGUUUUUCUGGGCAGGAGCCUGAAUCACCUUGCAAGAUGCCUGGAGUUGUGAAGGGACCCCAGACCCUCUACGAUAAGAUCUUUGAUGCUCAUAUCGUCAACGAAUCCGAAGAUGGCACAAUCUUGCUCUACAUUGACAGACAUCUAACACAUGAGGUCACCUCACCUCAAGCUUUCGAAGGCCUGGAGAAAGCCGGCCGUAAAGUUCGCAGAACAGACCUCACUCUUGCCACAGUGGAUCACAACAUUCCAACCACGUCACGGAAGACGUAUAAGAACGUCGACACAUUUGUCGAGGAGGCUGACAGCAAGCUUCAAUGCAUGACGCUGGAGGAGAAUGUGAAGAAGUUCAACGUCACAUAUUUCGGCCUGGGUGAUAAGCGACAGGGCAUUGUGCAUAUCAUCGGUCCUGAGCAGGGCUUCACUUUGCCUGGCACCACUGUCGUAUGUGGUGACAGUCACACCUCGACCCACGGCGCCUUUGGCGCGCUCGCCUUCGGUAUCGGCACAUCUGAGGUCGAGCAUGUCCUGGCGACGCAAUGUUUAAUCACACAGAGAAGCAAGAACAUGCGAAUACAAGUUGACGGCGAGCUUGGUCCGGGUGUCAGCAGCAAGGACAUUAUCUUGCACAUCAUUGGCAAAAUUGGCACCGCGGGCGGUACUGGCCAUGUCAUUGAGUUCUGCGGUUCUACUAUCCGCGGCCUCAGCAUGGAGGCAAGGAUGUCCAUGUGCAACAUGUCUAUUGAAGGUGGUGCUAGAGCUGGCCUGGUUGCUCCCGAUGAAACCACCUAUGAAUACCUAAAGGGCAGGCCACUUGCACCGGAAUACGGCAGCGCCCUAUGGAAGAAAGCUGUGGCCUAUUGGGAUAGCCUGAAGUCGGAUCCUGAUGCCAAAUACGAUGCUGAAGUCUUCAUUGAUGCCAAGGACAUUGAGCCAACUGUUUCUUGGGGCACAUCGCCUCAAGAUGUAGUUCCAAUCACGGGUGUUGUGCCAAGCCCGGACGACUUCAAGGACGAGGCGAGAAAGAAGGCCUGUGAGCGAGCCCUGAAAUACAUGGGCCUCACUCCAGGAACUCCAAUGCAGGACAUUGUGCUCGACAAGAUCUUCAUCGGCUCAUGCACAAACGCGCGCAUUGAGGAUCUAAGAAUUGCGGCACGAAUUGUCAAGGGCAAGAAGGUUGCAGCGAAUAUCAAGCGAGCUCUUAUCGUGCCUGGUUCGGGUCUCGUUAAACAGCAAGCUGAGGCGGAAGGCCUUGACAAAAUUUUCGAGGAUGCUGGCUUUGAAUGGAGAGAAGCCGGCUGCUCCAUGUGUCUGGGCAUGAACCCGGAUAUCCUGUCUCCGCAAGAGCGUUGCGCGUCGACGUCAAACAGAAAUUUCGAGGGUCGACAGGGUGCUGGAGGCCGUACGCAUUUGAUGUCGCCGGCCAUGGCCGCAGCUGCCGCCAUUACCGGUAAGCUUGCUGAUGUUCGCAAGGUUGCUGCCGGCAUCCAGCUUCCAUCCGUUGCUAAGGGAUCACCACGAAUCGAGGUUGCGGAAACAAGCGACAUUGAAUCGGAUGCCGACCUGGAGAACUUCACUGACGUUCCAAUGGACGGCCAAGGCGCUUCGAAGUCAACAGGAGCCCCAGCCACUGGUGGCAUGGAGAAGUUUACUCAGCUGAAGGGCAAGGCAGCCGCGAUUGAUGUGUCGAAUGUCGACACGGAUGCUAUGAUGCCCAAGCAGUUUCUCAAGACAAUUAAGCGCUCAGGUCUCGGCUCUGCACUCUUCAAUCCGUGGAGAUAUAAUGCAGACAACACGGAAAACCCAGAUUUCGUGCUGAACCAGGAGCCUUUCAGAAAGGCUAAGAUCAUGGUGUGCACUGGCCCUAACUUUGGCUGUGGUUCUUCACGAGAGCAUGCGCCUUGGGGGUUCCUUGAUUUCGGCAUUAGAUGCAACAUCGCGCCGUCAUUCGGCGAUAUCUUCUACAACAACUGCUUCAAGAACGGCAUCCUCUGCAUACGAAUUCCGGAUCAGGCGGUUCUCGAGAACAUUGCCGAACACGCAAAGCGAGGCGAAGACAUCGAGGUCGAUCUGCCUGCGCAGGAGAUCAAGGAUGAGGCCGGCAAUGUGCUGGCCAAGUUCGAUGUCGAGCCGUUCCGAAAACAUUGUCUGGUCAAUGGGCUUGACGACAUUGGUCUGACAAUGCAAAUGGAUGACAAGAUCACCAAGUACGAAGCUAUCCGCUCGAGGGAUUAUCCUUGGCUCGAUGGAACUGGAUACAUGAGCAGGAACCGCAAAGGUCCAGUUGAGGUGAAGGCUGUCCCCGUGCCUAAAACGAAUCGUGGACAAGAGCUCAGUGAGCCCAUUGACUGGUAGACUGUUCCAAGUGGAUGCAUGCCGCAGAAAUGCAGUCAAGUGGGAUGGAGGGAUCCAUUAUCCGCGCUUAAUGACCUUUUCUCGUGAUUAACUUCAAACCUCAGGAGCCGGUAGGGGCAGUAGUAUGGCUGUGUCUGCCUAAUGUAGCUUAGUAAAUAUAUGCUAUGCGUGUACGGCCUCACAUUGAAAGGGAACUAUACGUACAGAAUUCAACACGUAGCUUUCUCA